AUGGCAAAAGAAGUUGAAACGGUGCACUUGAAGGAAAGGGAGCUUUGGGCUAUGAUUCUGGCCAGAAAAGGAGGCGGCGAUGUGGAAGAAACUUCUAGUAAUUCUGAUAACCAAACAAAGGAGGAAGAGAAGGAAGCUAAAAAGGACAAGGAAGAGAAGGAGAAAAAGAAAAAGAAGCUACCUAAACCAUACCAGCCCCCUCUACCUUUUCCUCAAAGAUUCCAAAAGUUCAAAUUGGACAAGCAGUUUGAAAAGUUUUUAGAAGUUUUGCAAAAACUUUAUAUUAACAUUCCUUUCACUAAAGCUCUAUCUCAAAUGCCAUCCUAUGCAAAGUUCUUAAAGGAAAUCGUCUCAAAGAAGAGAAACCUAGAGGAUUAUGAGACUAUUGCUCUAAUAGAGGAAUGCAGUGCCAUCUUGCAAAAUAAGCUACCUCUAAAACUUAAGGACCCUAAAAGCUUCUUUAUAUCUUGUCUGAUUGGCAACAUGAACAUAAACAAGGCCCUUUGUGAUCUUAGUGCAAGUGUGAGUCUGAUGCCCUUGUUAAUAUGCCAAAAGCUUAAUGUUGGAGAGCUUAAACCAACUACGAUCUUAUUGCAACUAGUAGACAGGUCUAUCAUGUACUCUAUUGGCAUCUUGGAGAACAUCCCCAUCAAAGUAGGCAAAUUCUUUAUUCCUAUUUGA